AUGCGUUACUCUUACGUUGCUGCUACUCUCGUCGGCUCGGCCCUGGCCAUGCCUCAAUACGGCUACUCAGCUGUUGUUCCUACUGGAUACCAGCCUGCUCCAACUUCAUCAAAGCCAUACGAAGCAUCAACUCCCAGUGCCUACCACGCCUCGACUCCGGCCUCCUCCAAGGUGUACGAAGCAUCCACCCCCAGCUCUCAGGUCCACUACCCAGCUAGCACGCCAGUCUAUGAGGCGUCGACCCCUCCUGCCUACAGCGCAUCCACUCCCGCAGCAAGCUCUUCCGUCUACCAUGCGUCUACCCCUGCAGCGAGCUCAUCCGCUUACCACGCUUCCACUCCCGUCUACAGCGCGUCCACUCCUAUCUACAGUGCUUCCAAGCCUGCUGAGAGCUCCUCAGCUUACCAUGCCUCCACUCCUGUCUACAGCGCAUCUACUCCUGCAGUGAGCUCAUCGGCAUACCACGCCUCGACCCCCGUCUACAGCGCGUCUACCCCCAUCUACAGUGCUUCCAAGCCCGCCGAGAGCUCCUCGGUUUACCACGCUUCAACCCCAGCCUACAGUGCUUCCACUCCCGUCUACCACGUCUCUUCUUACGGAACUGGUUAUGUCAAGCCUACCCCCAAGCCUUCAUCGGCUUCCGAGUACCCCCACUCCGACUACACCACUACGCUUACAUCCACCCACACAUCUUGGGUGCCAUGCAGCACUUCAGUUGGUCAGGGAGAGCACUCCAGUGUCAUCUACUCAACAUACUUGACCCCAACCUACUCCACUGUCACCGUGACCUCGACUGUUCACGGCUCGAAGCCUACAUCUGACGUGCCCGUCUACCCAGCGGAGACUCCUGAGGGACACAAGCCAACUUACCCAGCGGGAACUCCUGAGGCUCCCAAGCCGACCUACCCUGCUGGCACCCCCGAGGCUCCUAAGCCAACCUACCCUGCCGGUACUCCUGAGGCUCCUAAGCCGACUUACUCCGCUGGCACUCCUGAGGCCCCUGCACCAACAUACCCCGCUGGUACUCCUGGCGGUCCUCAGUGCCCUGCCCCAGUGACUGUCACCAAGACUGUACAUGAGGUUGAGACCAAGACCGUCACCGUUGGUGCUGGUGGUGCUUACACUCCUGGCCCAGCCCCCUCUGUUGUCUACCCCGAGGGUACUAAGCCAUCCUCCUCCGCGGAGCACUACUCGGAGGGCCCCAAGCCAUCCUCCGUCAAGCCCUACCCUGUUGGUCCCAAGCCUUCUUCCGAGGUCAAGCCCCCUUACCCAUCCUCCGGUAGCUCGAUCCACUACACUGCUUCGUCGGCGCCCUACCCGAUUCACACCCCUUCCUCAUCUAAGGCCUACCCCACUGAGUACCCUACCCCUUCGUCUUCCACCAAGGAAUACCCAGCAUCCACACCUUCUUCCUCUACUAAGGGAUACCCCGCCGCCACUCCCUCUUCUUCGACUAAGGAGUACCCUGCUGCCACCCCUUCUAGCUCCGCUGUACCCUACCCGGUGAACACUCCUUCAUCCUCGAAGGUUACCCCUCAACCCACUGGCUACGUCGCCUACCCCCACUACUAA